AUGGAAAUAUCAGAUUUAGGAGAAAAACAAUCACAUCACGCUCAUAUUGAAUACAAUGAAUUACGAGAAGUUUGGUGCUUUCGGACAAAAGCAAAAGAGCGUGUGAAUCACUUACACUUCAUGCUUGACACGGAACUCUGGCGUUCACGACAUAAUAAAGUGAUACUAAAACAAAUUAAGCACAUAAAGCAACCGAAACUAGAUAAAACCAACUCGCAAUUUAUUGAAGAGAGAGUUUUAACUUUAUUGCGAAAUCACAUCAAGUUACAUGUAAGCAAAAAGAUUAACGGGCGAUCAACCAAAGCCGCUAAACUGAAGCAGGAAAAGGCGCUGAAGUUUCACGUGAUUACCGAGAUGGACACUUACUGGGAACAGACGAAUGGCCAUGCCCAAACACCACAUCCGCUUCAUGACGGCGUUGAUAGUCACGUGUACCAACAUCUGAUUACCAUUUCAAGCGAAUGUCGAACAAGUCAAGUUAUGCCACCUCAAGCUUCAUACUCAUUCUUCUUCUUUUCUCCAUCGGAACUCACAUUUCAAAGCACGCUGUCGAACACGAGAUCGACAACGUUGCCAAGCAGGGCGGCGCUCAUAGCGAAGCGAAAAUUAAUUUUACUCACCCUCAUUUUCUAUUCACGACAUGAAAAUAUUAUGUUGCGUUUUAGUGUAGUCAGGCGCUGGUCUUGA